UCAAGCUUUUCCUCUCCCAUUUUCAUCAGUAACUCUUGGGUGUGCUUGCCUGGGGAAAAUGGAAACUGGACUGCCCUUGCUUAAUUGCCUCUUGCAGCAUACUCUGAGAAGCUUAUGUUCACCUUCAGACUCUUCCACUUCUUCUAAGUGGGUAUAUGCUGUAUUUUGGAGGAUACUGCCGCGAAACUAUCCUCCCCCAAGGUGGGAAUUUGGAGGGACUGAUCUUGAUCGUUCCAAAGGAAAUAAAAGAAACUGGAUCCUGGUUUGGGAAGAUGGAUUCUGUGAUUUUAACGAAUGCACAAGGGCAGGGAGUGGACUCCUUAACGGGAAGUUUGGAGCUGACGUGUUCUUCAAAAUGUCACAUGAGGUCUACAGUUAUGGGGAAGGAUUACUGGGGAAAGUAGCUGCAGAUAAUAGUCACAAAUGGGUGUACAGGGACACCGAAAGGAGUCUGAACCUAGCUAUAUCGCUUCAUAGCUCUUCUUUUUCGCGACCGCGGGCGUGGGAAUAUCAGUUCAAUUCCGGUAUUCAGACCAUCGUCGUCAUUGCAGUGAGAGAAGGCAUAGUUCAGAUGGGUUCGCUUAACAAGGUUGCAGAAGAUAUCAGUCUAGUGAUCAGAAUACAAAGAAAAUUCAGCUUCCUUCAGAGCGUACCGGGCGGCUUCGCUAUUCAGAGACCAUAUCCCAUCCAACAUCCUUACGUCCUCAAACCUAACAUCCAGAUGAUGGAAAGUAAUGAAACGGUUCUCUCUGUAUACAAUAUGAAUCAAAUGAGUGGAGUGAAAAGGCUGAUUGACGAAACACCAAACAAUGCUUCCAGGAAAUCUAUUAACUUGGGCUGGAAUUCCCCACAGGAUGGAACAGCAGGGCAGCCUAUUUGGUCAUUUCCUCCUACCCUGCCCUUGCUGCCUAAGAUCCCCUCUCUAUUUCCUUCCUAUAAUUAUAUUACACUUCUUCAUGAUGCCGGGAUUAAUAGCACAAGCCAUAGAGUGAAGGUUGAAGAGUGCGUAUUCUAUAACACUAAUGAAGGUCAUCAGAAAAGCCCCUUCAAUGCUGACUUAGAGUAGCAAGACAGAGUGGCAGCAGGAUCGGGAUUCGAGUCGAAAAUGACCUAAUCAAGAGGCUCUUAAUCGAAAUGGAAGUUAGAUUAUGUUUCUCCCACUACCUGGUUUUUGCGUUUAGGUGGUAUGUCUGUGUGUUUCAGACUUUCUAUCAUAGUGAUGCCUCGUUAGUUUCCAUCUGUGAACGGGAUGUUAGUAUUGCGAAUCGGUUGCUUUUUGCAAUAUAA